AUGGAUGAUUCUAUGGACUCUAUGCCAGAUGUGAAAUCUGCAAUAGAACUUUACCAACAGUUGUCUCAGCUAUGGGCCUCGGCUGGCAUGCAUGCUCGAAAGUGGCUAUCUAACUCUCCAGAAGUGUUACAAGCUAUACCUGCUGCAGAUUGCGUCKCAGAAGUAGACMUGGACAAGGGUGAGCUACCAGUUACUAAGACGUUAGGAGUAACAUGGUCUCCUAAGGAAGAUCAAUUUAAAUUUCAAGAUGAACCGUUGAGUGCAGAACUCAAGACAAAGUCCCAGAAUUGGUUCGAUGAGUUACCUGAACUGUCUAACGUAAGAGUUCCGAGGUGUAUCAGACUUGACACUGAUGUUAAGGAGGCAACCAUUCAUACCUUUGUUGAUGCUUCUAUUGAGGCUUAUGAGGCAGUUACCUACACUCGCCACAUUUACAUGGAUGGAACUGUUUCGUGCAACUUAGUUGCAUCGAAAUCAAAGGUAGCACCACUUCACGCUGUCAGCAUUCCACGUCUUGAACUAAUGGGGGCCAUUGUUUGGUUACAGCAAGCCGAUAGGAUUGCACCAGUGCUUAAAGUACCUCUGGAACAACUAAACUUCUGGUCAGAUAGCAUGGAUGUUUUGUACUGGAUCAGAGGGCAAAGCAGGCAAUUCAAACCUUUCGUUGCCAACCGCAUCGCUGAAAUUCACAAGUCAACUAACCCAGUACAGUGGCGAUACGUGCCUACAAAGCAGAAUCCUGCAGACCUAUUGACAAGGGGACAAUCGGUGUCUCAUCUGAAAGAUGAGAAGUGCUGGUGGGAAGGACCUUCCUUUCUGAAGUUAGAUGAAGCAGAGUGGCCAAUUAAUAAGAUUGAUGUUAAGAAGCAAGACAAAGAAGUUCGUAAGCAGUUUAGCAGCAAACAAGAGGACACAUGUGACAGCACCUUUGUCAGCAUAUCUUCUGUGAACCGUCUUGAACCCACAAGGUACUCGAGCUGGAAAAGACUCUCACGUGUGCUAGCAAGAGUUCUUCGGUUUCCUGCCAACUGCCAGCUACUUCCUGAGCGACGAGAACUCGGCCCACUUAACCAAGAAGAGCAUCGUCUCAUCAAAACCGCUCAAGAACAAGCAUUUGCUGAUGAAACAAAAGCAUUGAAAGCUGAAAGAAAACUGCCUGGAUCAUCAAAGCUACUUCCUUUAAACCCAUUUAUCGACAAGGAUGAUAUUCUCCGGAGUAAUGACAGGCUUUGUUAUGCUGAUUACCUCCCGUGGGAUACUCGGUUUCCCAUAAUACUCCCAAAGGAUAAUCACAUCACUAAGUUAAUCAUUAAAGAAAGCCAUGAACGGAUGAAGCAUGGGGGGACGAAUCAAGUCCUAGCUGAGUUGUCCACUAGAUACUGGAUCUUAUCAGCAUGA